CUGACAUGAGAAAGAACAAGCUGGUUUAACGGAUCCCUUUCAGGAUACAUUUGAAGGUUAAGCAACUAAAGAUCUCAGCUAAUCUGAUGUAAUCUGCUGUUACUAAAUGGAUGUCUGCAUUUGCAUUCGUAGCAUGCUGCACACGCAUGUGUCGGAAUAAAGUCUUCAGUUUUUUUGGUGUCAGUUGUGCUGGGAGGAAGCCAUGUAUCUGCUUUUUUACUUAUACCUCAUAAUGAGUGUUUCUGAAAAAGUGCAUGGUUUUUGUCCUUCUCAAUGCACUUGCGUUUACCACGGCAGAAGUGAUGGCACUGGAACAAGGUCUGUGCUCUGUAAUGACCCCGAUAUGUUUGAGAUCCCUGUGAACGUUCCUGUGGAUACUGUAAAACUUCGUAUAGAAAAAACUGUCAUACGGAGGAUUCCCACUGAAGCCUUUUACUAUCUAGUAGACCUCAAAUAUCUGUGGGUAACUUACAACUGUGUUGCCAACAUUGAUAUCAGCAGCUUCUACAACCUGAAACAACUGCACGAGCUCCGGCUGGAUGGUAACCUGAUCUCGACUUUCCCUUGGGAGUCGCUGGCAGAGAUGCCCAACUUGAGGACUCUCGAUUUGCAUAACAAUAAAGUGACCAGCAUUCCAGCCGAGGCUGGCAGGUACCUGAAGAACCUCACCUACCUGGACAUCUCCAGCAACAAGCUCACCACCCUGCCCUCAGACCUGAUGGACAUUUGGCCGCCCUUCUCAGAAGUUGUCCUACCCAAGAGCACAGAUAUUCUGGGAACUCAGAGAGUCAUUUUGGGUUUGCAGGACAACCCAUGGUUUUGUGACUGUCGCAUUUCAAAGCUAAUAGAAUUUUCCAAAAUUGUGGACAACUCCAUUGUACUUCUUGACCCACUGGUUACAUGUAGUGGACCAGAGAGCUUGGCAGGGAUCUUGUUCCAGAGAGCUGAGUUAGAACAGUGUCUUAAGCCAUCUGUGAUGACAUCAGCAACCAAAAUCACAUCCCCUCUGGGAAGCAAUGUUCUACUACGCUGUGAUGCAACCGGAUACCCAACACCGCAGCUUACUUGGACUCGAUCAGACAAUGUACCAGUGAACUAUACGGUAAUUCAAGAAACACCUGGAGAAGGUGUCCGAUGGUCCAUACUAAGCUUGACUGGGAUUUCGUACAAGGAUGCAGGGGAAUACAGAUGUAAAGCAAAGAAUUUAGCGGGAAUGUCAGAAGCUGCUGUUACUGUCACAGUGGUUGGUGUCGUUACUACCACUGUGUUGCCACAGAAGUAUGGAAGGAAGCAGGAGGCUGAGAGACAGAAUACCACGCUGGAGGAAUCCAAGAAGGAACCUGGAACAACCACACCUCUUGUCAUCGUAUCAACUACCACAGCACAGGUUACCCCUGAAAGAUCAACAAAUGCCAGGGUUACUGACAAGAAGCAAUCCAGAUCCAUGGUCGAUGGAAAGAAAAAUUCAAAGACAGUGACAAAUGGAAGCAAAAAGCAGACUGGGGACAUGAGCAAGAGAGGUGAGGAGGCAAAGCAGACUGAGGAGACAAGGAAGGAAGGUGAGGAGAAUUUAUUCAAGGCCGCAGCUAUGGCUGAGCAAAAUGUUACUGUGAAGGACCUAAGGGUGAUCAGUGAAACAGAUGAAAGAGUGACCUUGACUUGGAAAACUGUCGAUGCCACAAGUAAUGCUGCAGUGACUGUGUUAUAUUCAAAGUAUGGAGAUAAAGAAAUGUUGCCUCUGAGCACUGAUUCUAGCAAAAACAAAGUCACAAUUGACGGUUUGCAACCUAGUACUCAGUAUAUGGCAUGUGUUUCACCCAAAGGAGUGCCACCUACAAAAGAGCAGUGCAUUAUUUUCACUACUGACAUGUUAAAUGAUGAAAGUGGCUCUCAGUUUUCUAUUCUGAUAAUGGCCAGCAGUGCAGCAUGUGUAGUUGUUUUACCUUUGAUAAUUUUCUUACUCUACAAAGUUUUAAAACUUCGUGUGAAACCCAAAGCUCCUAAGGAAGCUGACCUUGCAAAAGAGACUUAUGUGAAAUUUGAAACACUCUCUCUCAAGCCUCGAGCAGUGAACGCAGGAGGAGAGCUCUGGGCAAGAAGGUACACAGAUGAGUCGGAAAGACUUCUCCUUUGCUCUAGGUCAAGUAUGGAUUCUCAAAUGACCUUCAAAAGUGAAGGCUCUAGGUCUGAGUAUCUCUGUUGAACAUGGGUGAGGAUGGAGGAGAUGGAAUAUACAAUGGGUAAAAUUAUCUAAAAUGAUGAUACUGCAUCAGGAAGCAGGUUGGUGUCAGGUGAUGGUCAGAAUAUAUCAUCUGAUAUCAUGGACCCUACCGGAUGGGUAGAGUGGUGGAUAGGAGAGGGAACUGAAGAUUUUUUUUUGUAUGUUUGUGACUUUGGAUGUGAAGAAGUGGCAUUCUUUGAAAGAUAAAUAUAGAAUGGAAUGGUUACUUGCUUAAAGAUCUUCUAUUUCUUCUUUAAUUAAAACAUCAUUUUGUUUUCUCUCAUUUAACUGUACGAUGUGCUCAUUGUAUGAAUCAAACGUUAUCACAACUUUCAUAAAAACUAUGUAUUUAAAAAUGAUAGGAAAAAAGCUUAAAUCACUUUUACUAAAGUUGAAGCUUUGAGGAUUUCUCAUACAGCUCUGUUUGUAAAGUAUAUAGAACUGGAAGUGAUCCUAAGUAGCCACAGUUUAUGGACUCCUGAGAGCUACGAUAUACAUCAUAUUGUCAUUUUGAAGGUGCUGUGGUGUAGGAGCCUCUUUAGUGUACUGAAACUCGGGUAAGAUGUCAUUAUGAGUAACUCUGGGAGUGAUACUGUAUAUUGACACUGUGAAAUUACAGCAAAGGAUCUUAUUACAAAAUCCUAGCCUUAGAAUUUACUUGCAUUCAUGUGGCUAUAUACCUCAAUUUCAGAAAUCUCUGUAGAGAGAAUUUCAUGGCAUUUCGUAAUACAAAACACAAUGUCACAUAGCCGUAUAUUACACAGAUAUUAUACAGUAUUAUAUACUACACUGUAGUGCUAGAAUAUACUUUGAGAUACAGUAGGCGGAAGUCUUGUCCUCUGGCCACAUUGGAUGCCUACUGAAGUUUAAUGAACAUUAUCAAAGAUAAUGGUGAGAAUGCUUCUCAAUCUUUAGAAAAUCCAGUAUUAGUAAUAACAAUGAAUGUAGAAUUACCUGUUACUAAUAAUAAUGAACUGUCUAUUCUGAAGCUGCUUUUUCAAUGCCUGAAUUAAAUGACAGAAAUGUACUGUUUAAGGUUCAGGUAUUAUGGUUAGAAUUGUGUGAAUUAGAAAUCACAUUUUUUUCCUAAAAAUGAAAACUACUGUUUUCUUGAACCUUUUUAUACCUGGAAGAACUGUUUACUUUACUUGGAAAUUGGGAAUCCUCUCUUUCCAAAGUGAGAAACGUUACUUCGCAGCUACAAACCAAAGCUUAGUUAAUUAAAUUCAAAAUAAUGGCAUUUCUUGGUGUCAUUAGUAUAGCAUUAAAUUUUACCCACUGGAAUGCUGGAGAUCUUGUCUUGUUUAAAGCAUAGGCUGAUGAGGAUAACUCUUCGUCACAAAGAAACAACAUAAAUAAGAUUAUGGCAGAAAACAAACACACUCAAAAAUUUCCAUAGCAUCUACAUGUCAGGGCUCCACAGUCAGGGAUAACAGGACCCAUAUCUGAGACUGAGGGAAUUGUGCUAAGGAAGCAAGUGAAAUGUUCAAAAAUGCAAAAUUAAUUUACCUGCAUGUGCUUUUAGAAUUCACCUUAGUGUUCCUUCUGUGUGGUUAAAACGGGAUCUAUCUUGUAAGCCCACGGAUAAUUUUGAUUUCAAUGAAAAUAUUUUUAGUUUUCUGAGUGGAAUAUUUUGACUUUCAAUGUAUUUUCUUUAUUUGGUAUUUUUUAAGGAGUUUCUUGUGUCAAAAACAUAGUUUGUCUGAAAAAAUAUUUGUGAUAAAGUUUAACAAGAUCUGAUGUGUUAACUUGACGUGUUACACUAUUUGCCUUCUAUUCUCCAUGUAGACAGUAUAGCUAGCAGCUGUUGCUGAAGGUUUUCCCAAUGAAAAACACUGUUUUUCAUCAAUAAGAGUGAUUAUUUUAUCCUUUACUUUUUAAUUUCUGGAGAACAUUUGAUUUUAGGUUUCAAAGCUCUACAAGAAACUUGAAUCUAAUUUUAGAGUGAUUUUUAGAUGCUAUGUAAGUGUAUCAGAUUGUGGCAGUGCAAAGCUUAUUUGAGAGAGCUCAUUUGCAAACAUGAAACCUGUUGGUUUGACUAAACUUUGAGGAAUUAAUAUGUUUUAAAGUUUGGAAUGAGUUAGGACCACGAGUGCUAUCAGUAUAUUGAACAUGGAGUGUAUUGUGAAGGGCGUAGUUUUUUUCAAGCGAACACUAUAUACAUUAUUUUUUUCCACAGUUCCUGAAACAAUGGAGUUAUAUACCCCAAACGGGUAUAUAUACCUCAUGUCAAAAGUUUUGCUGGAGAAUUUAGAUAGGAAUUGAGUGCACAGUAAAGAAGUGCAUACUAUAUCACCCAGGGUUGGUGUAAUUGAAGAGCUGAAGAAGUACUUCUUGGAACAGAUGAAAGUUUUUAUACUGUAAAUUCUUAAGAUUCAUUAUAGAAUCAUUACAAGAUAGAUUAUGGGUAACAAAAAUCUAUUUGUCUAGUGUCUUUUGAAAUGCAAUGCUGAGUGAAUCAUCAUGAUGAAUGAGAAUGCAACCUAUGGCUGGCUGGAAGGAGUCUUUGGAGAAGAUUUGACCAAAGUUAAUGUGCUGCCUUUCAUACGUUUUUGCACUUUGUUGGCUCAAUUCAUCCCACGUUUCACCAGAAAAGUUAGAAUUUUUUUAUACAUUACCUACAAUGAAAUAACUGAACUGAAUUCCAAAUAGACUCCAUUUUUAUUUAAAACUUAAAUGGGUCUUACCAUUCAUUAUAGUUAAACACAAUCCUAUCUUCAAUGUGCACUUACUAAGCCAAACUUUUAAGUCAUGUUUUAGUCCUUGCUGUUGCCCACACUAGAUUUUGUAUUCUUUGCACUACUGUAAGUCUCAUACCUUUUUCCCAGGUAUGGGAUUAGGAAAGAGAAUUCUUUCAUGUGUACCGUGAAAAUAUCUGUAAUAGCAAAAUAUAUAUUCA